UCUCCCGUCCCCCCUCUCCCUCUCUCUCUCUCUUGUUCCUUGGAGUUGUUGUCCUGGGACGGAGCUUAGAAAAAGGCCCCGCCUUUUGGCUCAUUCCUCACCUGCUCUGCUCUGCUCUGCUCCAGGGACGCGAGCGAGCUGCUCAGCGAGCGAGGGAGAGGGGGAGAGAGGGAUGGCGCGCGUGGAGAAGGUUGCCGGCGGCGAAGGGCAGGUGGAGGUGGUGGUCGGGGUGGACGGCAAGGGCGCGAUAGAGUGCCGGAUAUGCCAGGAGGAGGGGGAGGAGGCCGCCAUGGACUCCCCCUGCGCCUGCACUGGCACGCUCAAGUUCGCGCACAGGAAGUGCAUACAGAGGUGGUGCGACAAGAAGGGGAACAUCACAUGUGAAAUCUGCAACCAGGUUUACUCUCCAAACUAUGUUCUCCCUCCAACCAAGUGCUGUUCAGAUGAAAUGGGCAUGGAUCUUAGGCAAAGCUGGGUUGGACGAAUCGAUCCCCAUGAUUCCCAUUUCCUGGCGAUCGCCAUCGCGGAGCAGCAGCUGCUGAACGCUGAAUUUGAUGACUGCAUGACCUCAAAUUCGAGUGGCGCCACAUGCUGCCGGUCUAUUGCUCUAAUUUUGAUGUUCCUUCUGCUCGUGCGCCAUGUAACCGUGAUCGUGCGAGAUGUUAGCAUGCUACAAGAUGCGACGGUUCUGUUCAGCGCAAUUCUUCAGUUCGUGGGAUUCUUCCUUCCGUGUUACGUCAUAGCGCGCUUCUGCUAUGCCUUUCAACACCGGAGGCGAAGACAGGUAUUGAGGUCGGCCAAAUCCCUUCGACGUGUUGCCUGUGGUUUCCUUAAAGGGAACUAUAUGCCUACCAAAAUAAAAGUAGUUCAACGUUUUCACGCCAAAAAGUUCAAGACGAAGGAUAGAUGUCACCAACCAAGACCCCUAUACAUGGUAGUAGUUGUGAAGCUGAAGACAUCACACCACUGUGAGGGCAUGAGUCCGCCACGACAUAGCCAUCUUGCCAUUGAAGCCGCUCUUAUGCACAUCAUUGACAACCAAAAACCUAGUCUGGGGAUUAGCAAAACCAGAAAGCUCACUAGCCCCUCAACGCUGCUCAGAUCAAUGUCAAGAUGUGGUUGGAGCCAUAACAAAAACAUUGGUCCUAGCACAACCACUGUCACCAUCACUGAAGUGGCACCAUAA